AUGGCUCCAACUGAAAAAAGAAAGGCUUCUAGAAAGAAGAAGGACCCAAAUGCUCCAAAGAGAUCUUUAUCUGCUUACAUGUUCUUUGCUAAUGAAAACAGAGAUAUUGUUAGAGCUGAAAACCCAGGUAUCUCAUUUGGUCAAGUCGGUAAAUUAUUAGGUGAAAAAUGGAAGGCUUUAACUGCUGAUGAAAAGACUCCUUAUGAAAACAAGGCUGAUAAUGAUAAAAAGAGAUAUGAGAAGGAAAAAGCUGAAUUUGCUAAAAGAAGUGCUUAA